GGGAAAGGAAAUGAUGCAUCGACGGAGGCGGAGGGCGGCGGCGGUUGUGCUGCUACAGAAAAUACUAAUGUGCGCCAUAUGCACCAUAGCAUUGGUGGGACUGCUUUCUGGAUACGGACAUGUGUUCCCUUGUUCCCGUGUUUCUGAUUUAUCUGAUACUUAUAAGCUCCCUACCGUCACUCAAAAACAUGAAUUUAAUUACCAGAAGUUAAGUGAGAAAAGGUGGAUGAAGGAGGAGGCUCCGCCUCAUUUAUCGAAACUGCAAUCUCCGCCGCAUCUCUUCAAGACUCCUAUUUCAUUUCACAAGUUUGACGGUGCCAGUGGAAAUCUGAAUUUUGAGAAGUUUGGAAGCCGCCUGAAGAUCGUGAUUUUGUGCCCUGCAUACAGCCUAGUUCCAAUUAUACAGCUCCUGAUCAGUCAGAGGUUAUAUUCUAGUUCGUACAAAUGGUGGGCUCAACCAAAUGCGGACCGGGUAUAUAUGUUCUAUCUCUUUUCAAGCAAUUUCUCUGAUGUUUUUAGUGAGGACCAUUCAUUAAUGCUUUGGCAAAUGAUGUUAAAUCUAAAGAAACUUCCAAAGGAAUUGUCUUUUGCUACCAAAGUUAAGCAUUUUAAAAGCGGGUCUGGUUUGGAGUACUACCGCGAUACGAUAGUUUCUGUGCAGGACGCUAGAUUCUGA